AGCAGAUGUUUUCGAUACUGAGCGUGACCUGCUCUCAAUACUUGUUCCUGAUACCAAGCAUGACCUGCUCAAUAAAAGAAGACAAAAAACCUACAAACCAAUACAAAAAUCAAAAUCAUGCGA